UCUAUAAAUAUCUGGAUGGGAGGAGGAGGUUGCAUUAGUGUGGAAAGGGGAGUGUCGGCUGAGAACGUUCUUAUAAAUCUCAGCACUCCCAAACAGGACACAGCACUUUCCAGAAAACUUUCAGAGCAGGAACAAACUUCAGCCAUGGCCGAGAGAUGCAUCCCCUUCACCUUUAUGCACGGCCCAUCCUGGGACCCUUUCCGCGACUGGUCCCAGGGCAGCCGGAUCUUCGAUCAGACCUUUGGGAUGCCACGCUUCUCCGAGGAGAUGCCCACAUUUCCCAGCACACACUGGCCCGGAUACAUCCGGCCCUAUGGAUUUCCAGAAAUGGCCUCUUUAAUGCAGAGCCCAGUGGCUCAGAUGCCCAUGUCGCCCUCCGCCUCCGUGAUGCACCCCUCGAACUACAGGCGGGCCCUGUCCCGACAGAUGAGCUCGGGAAUGUCUGAGAUAAAGCAGACGCCAGAUUCCUGGAAGAUCAGCCUGGAUGUCAAUCACUUCGCCCCAGAGGAGCUGACGGUGAAGACCAAAGAUGGGGUGGUGGAGAUCACCGGCAAACACGAGGAGCGGAAGGAUGAACAUGGCUUUGUGUCCAGAUGUUUCACCAGGAAAUACACUCUGCCCUCUGGUGUCGACUCUGAGAAGAUCACCUCCUCUCUGUCUCCUGAGGGUGUGCUGACCAUUGAAGCUCAUCUGCCCAAACCUGCCAUCCAGGGCUCUGAAAUCAACAUCCCUGUCAACACAGGCAGCGCAGUGACUGCCAGCAGCACAAAGAAACUCUAAACACUACAACACACACACAGGCAGAUCACUGUGGUACUUUGAGUUUGUUUUCUUCAGCAUGAACGCAAAUGUUCCACAUUAAUGUCUUGAUACUUCUAUUCUUUGUAAACUGCAGGUAGGAGAGGAGGAAAUGCCCUAUUGCAUUCCCAUCUCAUUUUUACAUCACUCUUUUUCAUCAUUGUCUCUUUAUCAUCCUCUUCUCUUCUACUUGUAGUAAAUAACAACGACUGUGUACACACCAAUCUCUAGAAAAUAUGCUCAUAUUUCACCCAUAAAUCAAAAAUCUAAAUUAUAUUUUGCAUAAAGACAAUUAAGCCUGUUUUGAUUUUUAGGUGAAUUAUGACCAUGACAUUUACUACAAUUACUUCAGGAGCUUCACAAAACUGCAAUUUUAUCAUAUGCUGGUAAAAUGUUGUUUUAUAUAAUAUGUAUUCAUCAAAAUGCAAUACGUUGCUCUGCCUGAAACUUUUUUUUCUGCUAUGUCACCUUGUCCGUGUUAGCUAUUAGUUAAUGUUGACAAUACUGUAGCCAUUGUUUUAGGCUACAAUAUUGUAGCUUUUUUUUUUUUAAACCAAUCUAACUCCAUUCUCAUAUGAAGCUGAAGAAACUGAAAAUGAAGGAUAGCCUGUUUCCUUUUGAAAUGAGAAAAAAAAA